AAACAAGAAGGGUUCAUGUCUCUGAACUCCACUGCCUUCUCCCAUCCUCCCUGUUUCCUUCUCCUUGGCAUCCCUGGGCUGGAGAAGGAGCAGUUCUGGAUUGCCUUCCUGUUCUGCAUCACGUAUGUCCUCGCCCUGCUGGGGAACAUCUCCCUGCUCCUGGCCAUGAGGGCAGAGCCCGCCCUGCAGGAGCCCAGGAACCUCCUCCUGGCCAUGCUGGCCUUCACUGACCUGCUCCUAUCGACCUCCACUGUGCCCAAAAUGCUUGGCAGCUUCUGGCUGGGCUCGGGGCAGAUUGGAUUUCCCUCUUGCCUCACUCAGAUGUUCUCCACCCACACCUUCUCCACGGUGGAGUCGGGGGUGCUCGUGGCCAUGGCCUUGGAUGGCUCUGUUGUCAUGUGCUGCCCGCUCUGGCACUCCAGCACCCUCUGGGGGCCCGUGGGGGGCCUGGGCAACGUGGGGUUGGUGUGGGGGAUCCUGCUGGUGAGCCCCACGUGCCUCCUCCUCCACAGGAGGCACUUCUGCCAGCACCACAUCACCCCCCACUCCUCCUGCCAGCAUGUGGCCCUGGUGACGUUGGCCCGUGGGGACACUGGGGUCAGUGCCAUGCACGGCCUCUGCGUGGCUUUCCUGGUCUUAGUGAUGGACCUGCUGCUGCUCCGUGUCCCACACCGUGAUCCUUGGGGGGUGACAAGGCUGUCAUUCCCAUGGAAAGCCUUCAGCACCUGCACAUCCCAUGUCUGUGCCAUGCUGGCCUUCUACACCCCCUCCCUCCUCACGGCCCUCGCCCACCGUGCUGGGCAGGGCAUCCCCCCCCCUGUCGGGGUGGCCAACCUGUACCUGCCCGUGCCCCCCACACUGAACCCCACUGCUUGUGGGGUCAGGACCGAGGAGCUCUGGGACAGCAUGGUCAUCCUCCUGGAUGGGAACCUGACCCCAAUGGGUUGGACCUGGUGA